UACAUAUAAAAGCACAGAAAAUAAUGAUUAUUUUAAUAUAUUGUUUUUAAUAGUGUGUUAUCAUUGUCACGUUACUUAUUAAAAAGAAUCCAUAAAUGGCACCAUUAACAGAUUUACUUUCUUGUAGUAUAAUAGAGAAAGACUGUAAUGGAGAUAUCUUGUGGACAUGGUCAUAUCCUGCAGUAACGGAAUCUCAGAAGACUGUAGUCAUAAGAAAAUGCAAUAUGAAAUUAGAACAUAGUUCUCCACAUGUAUUUGUGUGUGCGAGACAUGGCCAUGAUUGGUUUUAUAUACAUUGCAGCGAAGUAUUUGACUCCGAUAAAUUACCAAGGGUAAAACAGUUUGCAUUGGUUCUUUUUGCAAAAGAUUUUAAUCCACAAAAAUAUGAAGUGCUUUCACGAGUUCUUAGCAAGAUGUAUUGCAAAACAGGAAAACCAACAGAGAUUCUACAACUAUAUCUUUCUGUAUUCACAAAAGGAUCCUGUUCAACACAGGAGAAUGGAACAUUUGUUUCUGAUGAUUUUAAUACUCAUCGAUUUGCAGCUAGUACUAACGUCAAAGAACUGAUUAAAUCAUUUGAAUUAGAAACAAUUUUGAUAUAUACUGCUCUCUUAUUGAAAAAAAAGAUUAUUAUAUACCAUCACAGCUUAGAGCAACUUCUUAAAUGGAUAAGAACAUUUCCUGCAUUAAUGAAACAUAGAAAAGUUACUGAUAAUCUCUUUCCCUGGAUUGAUUUAGUAAACGACGAGUUGAUUGAAUUAAAGAGAUAUUCGCACUAUGUGGCAGGCUGCAGCAAUAGUUCAAUAUCAUCAAGAACAGACCUAUAUGACUUACUCGUAAACAUUCCUGCUCGAGAAAUUACUGUAGCACCGCAUGCAAAAGAAAGUCUUACAAUGACAAAAACUCACAAGGAAAUAGCUUUAUUUAUGGUUCAACUAAGCGAAAAUCAAAACUACACAGAAGCACAAAUUAUUUCUGAGAUAAGUGAUAAAACACAAGACCUUUUAAAUCAAUUAACCUCAUUAGCAACAGUUCAAGCUCCAGAUGGCAGAAAGAUGAUUUCUAUCGAGAUAUUUAGAGAGAAAAACUUAGCACCGGCUGUAGAAAGUUUUCUUAUUAAUUUAGCUAUUGCUGAAAAUCUUUUUAUGCUAUGAUAAUAUAAUAUAUAAAUCAAAAUCUGUAAAUGUUAAGGCGCAGUGAAUAAUAAGAGUAAAAUAUAAGAUGUGUUAUAUGCACAUUAAUAUCUGUUUUUUACGCUUUAAUUUUAUAUUAAAAUGUAAAGAAUAUUUCAUCAAAAUAAUACACUUAUUACUAUUAAAUUCCA